AUGGAUCAUCAAAAAAUGAUUAUGAUCUUUUUCUUUUUAACUAUUAAACAUCUUGUUUAUAGUGAAGAUAUUUGUAAUUCAAUUACUUGUGGUUCUGGUAAUUGUAUAACAACAACAAAUCCUACUUUACCAUAUUAUUGUCAAUGUUCAAAUGGUUUUAAUACAAUUUUACCAUGUCCAUCUGAAAGUUUGUAUUUAAUAAUAUAA